AUGAGAGUCGUCAUUUUCCUCGUUGCUUUGGCGUCCGUAUAUGCCAUGCCCAACCUGGUCUUACAGCAAGGAUUUACCAAUGAAGUAGAGGAUCCUCGCCCCGCGCAAUCGGACGUUGAAUCAAAUAUCUUUGAUGGGAUAUGUCCUAAUUUCGACGUACGCUGUGUCAAGGAUGGUGAUUGGAGAAAUCCAGUUGGUAAAUUAGGAUCCAAGCCUUUCUGCAGAAAAGGUAUAAGAUGUAAUCAAUGUGAAGAAAGUAAGAAUACGAGAGAAUGUAAUAGGACUUUUAGGGUUGAAUGUGAAGGGGACUGUCAAGCUUAUGGUCCUAUCCCAUUCUGA